UCUCAGAAUAGCACUUUUAAUCGGAAUCUAGUUAGUACAUGUAUUAAGAGUAAUUAAAACUGCGUCAUGCGGUGGAAAAUCCUAACCUGCUUAUUGUUCAUCAUUUCAAAUUAUGCUGUUCUGGGGUUCAAGAUACCCAGCAUUGACUUUGAAAUGCUCAAUGAACUGGGGUUUGAGGUGUCCAUACCUGAUGAACCAGGCAUACAACGAGUGUUCUAUAUGCUCCAAAUAGACGAUAGCUGUCCGCCCCUAAUGGAUUAUAUUACGGAAUCAGUGAACGGCAGUUGGGUUUCCAAACAGAAAACGAGUCUUCAGAACAACGACAAGCUUCAGAUAUCCAUGCUCGUGCAGUACAACGAUGAGAUAUUCGAGAAGAGCGAGACCAGGGUGAUCAUCAACAAGCGUUUGCUGACCACCAGGCACACCAGCUCGCGAAACAUUAACUUCCCCUCGGGUGAGGGCGAGUGUGAAGCAUUUCUGGCCCCGGAACAGCAAGCUAAGCGAUGCAAGCCCGCCCAAACCAUAGUCAACAGUGGCCGGCGCACCUGCCAGGGUGAACUAAUUUUCGAGGACAACUUUUCGGAGCCGCAGCUAAAUAAAAGCACUUGGAAGCACGACAUCCGGCAACGCAUGUACCAUGUAGAGGAGGAGCUGGUCGCCUUUGACGAUUCCCCGCGGAAUUCCUUUGUAAAGGAAGGCAAUCUCCACAUCGUUCCCACUGUGGCCAGUGAGGUGAAGGAAGGCAGCUAGCUGGGAGACCGGUGCACGGCGGUCGAAAAUCCGGAUCAGGAGUGUAACAUUGCCCAGAACACCUUUUACACCAUCAAACCACCGGUUUUCUCCGCCCAAAUCCACACCAGGGACUCGUUUAGCUUCAAGUUUGGAAAGAUUGUUGUGCGGGCCAAGUUGCCAAAAGGAGACUGGCUUUUCCCCUAUCUGAUGCUUCAGCCCGUUUCCACCUAUGCGGAAUCACAUUAUGCCAAGCAGUUGCGCAUUGCCUACGCCCGUGGUAACGCCAAUUUGAGAACCAAGCAGGGAGAAGAUAUAUCUGGUAAUCAUCUUUAUGGCGGCAUGGUGGUCUGGCAUCACGGCCGUGCUGUUCAGUUCAUUAAGGAUCAAGUUAGUAAAGACCACUACGGUGAUGAUUUCCACAACUACACCAUGAUCUGGCAGAGGGAUAAAAUAACGCUAAUGGUGGAUGAGGAAAUCUACGGAGAGCUGUACGAUGGUUUGCCCUAUUUCAAUGAGAAAUGCUUCAUUAUUUUUGGCGUUACCGUUGGAGGAUUCCUUAAUUUCGAUGACAGUAUACUGGACAAGGAUGUAAAGCCGUACAAAAACCGUGAGCCUCGAGCGGCGCUCUCCUUUUGGAAGCAGCGAGAUGCUUGGGCUCCCACAUGGGGCAGGCAAAGUGCCAUGAUUAUUGAUUAUGUCAGGGUUUAUGCUGAAUAAUUUCAUCUUACAAAACAUUUAUUUACUAUGUUUUGGCUACAUCUAUAGAACAUAAACUCACAGGGACUAAAGUCA